AUGUCUACAGUAAGCCCCCCUGUGCCUGAAGUGUUUCCCACCUACCCUGAUCUCUCAGGGCAGGUGGCACUCAUUACCGGUAUCGGCCAGGUUGGACCCCAAGACAGCCCUUUCUGGGGGAACGGGGCUGCCACUGCUCGUCUCCUGGCUCGCAAUGGCGUAAAGAUCUUUGGCUGUGACCUGAACGUCUCUGCUGCUGAGCGAACAAAGCAACGUCUUCUCGAGGAGACCCCCGAAGCUGUCGUCAAUGUUGUCGCAGCUGAUGUCUCAAAGACCUCAGAUGUCGAAUCACUAGUCAGUGCCGUGAUGGAGAAGCAUGGCAGAGUUGACAUUAUCAUCAACAACGUUGGCCAGACAUCAGCCGGAAACCCAGUGACCAUGUCGGAAGAGAUUUGGAACCGCCAAAUCGACCUCAACCUUACAUCAGUCUAUCGCCUGUGCCAUCACGUCAUCCCCAUCAUGCAGAGACAAGGCUCUGGCAACAUUAUUAACAAUGCCUCUAUUACCGCUUUGCGGUACAUCGGAAAACAUCAGAUAGCCUACGCAUCUGCCAAGGCUGCCGUCAUCCGUUUCACAAAGGCCAUCGGCGUCAUGUAUGCAAAGGAAAACAUUCGAUCAAACUGUGUUGUACCGGGUCUUAUGUAUACGCCACUCGUGGACAAUCUUGCACGAAGCAGCGACGUUGGAGACCAGGAGGCCGCAACAAGAAUCCUAGAACACAACUGUCCCAUGGGCUGGAUGGGAACUGGUGCUGAUGUUGCAAACGCUGUUGCCUGGCUUGCAAGCGGCGCGAGUCGAUACGUGACCUCUCACGAACUUGUGGUGGAUGGAGGUAUCACGGAGAGUACUGGGACGGGGUCACUGGCUUCAUAG